GGUGCAGAAGUGCUCCCGGCUUGCAGGAAUAGACAACUUCAACUUCUACUUUUCAUACUAUGGAGGCUUUAAACUUGAAAGUUCAUUCGCCUCUAGUGUCUGCAUGAAUUUGCAAUGCCAAUUUCCCGAACGUUGCUUGGUUUUGAAGUCUGUGUUAGGGAACACAUUUCGGUGAGAACAAAAGUCCCCUUACUUGCAUGUGUUUGCAAUGCCGAUUUCCCUGAGGCUGAUUGGUUUUGAUGGCUGUGUUGGGGAAACCGUAAAUCGGGCCAAUUAAAACGAGGCAGUUAGGGUGUUUAGAUAACGCUUAAUAUUUUACAGUUAUUCAAUUAUUUAUCUAAUGAAAAAUGACGUUUUAUUAAUUUCGAUGGAUGCGUAGAAAUAUUCCCUGUCAAUUGAUGCAAACAUCUUUCCGAUCCAGUAAGAAAUGUUCGAGUUAUAAGCAUUCGAAAUCUUUCAUUUUUCCCUGCAUGUUCUGUGUUUAGGUUUUCAUUUUACCCCCCAUAUAUUCUGGUUAGACGUAGUCCCACGUCAAAAAGCACAAACCGUAUGUCCUUUCGUGCACCUCUUAUAUAUCAUGAAAUCCAAUAGUAAACCAUUUGAUCAACAGCCUGUCCGUCGUACCUACGGUUCCCCUACAACUUGUUGCAUACGAAUGUUGUGUUGUCGUUGGAGCAUCGACUAAACAUGGUAGUGAUUCAUUAGAGAUGCAUCGCUUUAGCAACAUUAUGUUUUGCAGCAAUGUACUAACGAAAUCCGCCGUCUUCCGCCCUGCUUCUUACUAUCCAAAACGAAAAGUGUCAGACAGUGGAAGCUACUUGUAGACAAUUGCGCUAUGUUUUUUGGUUUUUAUAGUACUGUCCUCAUUUCGGGGCCGCGCGAAUUUGACGAACGUGCUCGAAAUAAGUACAGACAGCUGUGUUUGAUGGAUAGAAAAUUAGAAGGAAUUAAUCAGCAUUUACUAGAAACGGCUUAAGCAAGGGAUCUAACGACUAAUUAUUUUGAUCGGGGGGUGGAAUCGCAAUCGGGGUUCCAUGGAAAUUGUUUUUCACCUUUAGUAUAAAGUUAGUUGGUUAAAUGCUAAACUCAAGCAUUCAGUUGUGUUCUUCGACAGACGCAACAGUUGCAGAACAGAACGAAAAUGUUAGGCAUUAGUGCGGUGUGCGUCACUUUGGUGGUUGUAGGAGUAGUAUUAGCUGAACCUCCUGUGUUUGGCGGAUACCCUAAUCGACGAAAUGGUGGCGGAGGCGGACAUGGCGGAAUAGGAGCCACCAGCGGGGGUUACCAACAAGUUUCUGUUGGUGCGCAGACAUCUGAGGGUCAAAACGUGGAUCCACAGUUACUCCAGUCAAUUAAAACUUUAUUGCUGCAACACGAGAGUACGUCCUCGAGCCAAAAUGCACAUAGUGGUGGUGCUGCACCGCAAGAUUCUUAUGGUCCUCCAGCUGGUAGUAGCUCACACGGUCGUGUAAUUGGUAUCGAACUAGCCGAGCCCAAGCAAAGUAUCCAGGUAGCCGAAUACUGGCAAGGUGGCGCGGAACAAGCUUCAAGUGGUGUCAGUGACUCAUAUGGAACCCCUGUUGGUUAUUAAAAAAGAAUAGAUUUUGUUCACAUAAUAUGUAGAAUAACAUAAUAAAAUUAAUUU